GUGAAGAGACAACACUAGUGUGUGUGUGUGUCUGUUUGGGUGUGUGUGUGUGUGUGUGUGGAGAGUAGGGGUUGUCAGGGCAUGUCACAGUUCACUUAGGUAGUCUGAUCAAACAGGUGGAUGUGUUCAACAAUAUCCCCAAGAUGAGGACCAUUUGUGGGAUUUUGUUUUUGUUGACCCUUUCUGUGGCCUACUCUGAUGCUUGGUUUUGGUCCUGGACUGGAACCACCACCUUGGCCCCAUUAGUGGAUCAUGAGGGUUCCGGCAGUGCAGCUGGUAGUGGAGAAAUACCAACCGAGCAUAUUGCAAAUGAUGGAGGCGAGGUCAUUGAAGACAGACACUCUAACCAAAGUGUUGAUCGGACUUGGCAAGGGACUCAAGCUCCUCAGUUGACCACUGUCACACCGAGAGCGGAGAUUGAACAUACGUCAGACAAGGGCACAACAACGCUAACGCCAAGUACAAGUAAACCUGGUAAUGAAGCAUCUUUACUAAAAGAUGACGCCGGUGUCUCCUUGCUGCAGCUGAUUGGGGACCCUCCUCCAAAUGAGAUCACCAGAGUUUACGGGCCCGACACCACUCCAGGAUACCUGUUUGGCCCAGAUGCCAACACGGGCCAACUGGCACGUGCCCACCUGCCGAACCCAUUCUACCGUGACUUUUCCCUCAUCUUCAACUUGAAAGCCACUUCCGACAGAGGCGGUGUGUUAUUCUCUGUCACGGAUGCCACACAGCAAAUCAUGUAUGUGGGUGUAAAACUGUCACCCGUUAUGGGCAGCAAUCAGAAUGUCAUCUUGUACUACACGGAGCCUGACGCGGAGACGUCAUACGAGGCAGCCAGGUUCAUUGUACCCUCUUUGAGGGACACCUGGACCCGGUUUGCCAUCGCAGUGAAGGAGGACAAGGUGAUGUUCUAUCUGAACUGUGACAUCGAUCCUCAAGUUAUGCGCAUCGAAAGGUCCCCUGAUGAGAUGGAGCUGGAAGCCGGCGCUGGGGUUUUUGUCGGGCAGGCUGGAGGCACUAAUCCGGACAAGUUCCUGGGUGUGAUCAGUGAGCUGAGGGUGGUGGGAGACCCCCGUGCUGCUGAGAGGCAUUGUGAAGAGGAUGAAGACGACUCAGAUAUUGCCUCAGGAGAAGGAAGUGGCGAUGGAGAAACCAGACCAUCAAAACCAGUAACAGAGAAGCACACAUGGGUGCAGACAGCUCCGCCAUCUUCACGGCCUAUUCAGCAGCCCCCAGUUGCUAAGCAAGUUGAGACGUCAACUGUAAGACAAACAGGACCAUUUGGGGCAAAAGGAGAGAAAGGAGACCGAGGGGACAGAGGACAGAAAGGAGACAGAGGUCUAACAGGGCCAAAAGGAGAUGCAGGUUAUAGCUCUGCAGUUGGCUCACAAGGUGGAGCACGAGGAGUAAAGGGAGAACCAGGGGAAAAGGGAGUAAAGGGCAGUGCAGGUUUUGGAUACCAAGGAAAGAAGGGUGAGCCCGGCCCUGCUGGACCCCCCGGGCCCCCUGGCCCUCCAGGUCCGGCAUCUGAGGUCUCGGUGUGUAAAGAGGGAUCAGAUGCUUCCUGUGUGCCUGGUCCUCGAGGACCACCUGGACCCCAAGGGGCACCUGGCGCCCAAGGACCAUCUGGAGCUGAGGGAGAACCAGGUGAUCCUGGAGAGGAUGGCAAGAGGGGUGUUGAUGGACCACCUGGCUUUCCAGGAACCCCUGGUGACCCUGGACCAAAAGGAGAGAAGGGAGAUCGUGGGGAGGGUCAGCCUGGCCUUAGGGGCCCCCCAGGUCCUCCUGGACCCCCAGGACCAGGAGUCAGACCUACUUUUGUGGAUAUGGAGGGCUCAGGAUUCCCCGAUCUGGAAUCUUUUCGGGGACUGCCAGGUCUACCAGGACCACCUGGCCCCCCUGGUCCACCUGGUGUUUCUGGUCCCUCUACUCCAGGUACAGCAUGGACUUCUGGAGCUGUUGGUCAACCAGGAAGAGAUGGAGCACCUGGCCAACCUGGCUUGUCUGGUUUACCAGGUGUUGAUGGUGCGCCAGGAGCCCCUGGUCCUAAGGGGGAAAAGGGUGAUUCUGGUGAUCUUGGUGUUUCAGGACCUGCUGGAGAGAAGGGAGCUCGAGGAGAUUAUGGUUUACCUGGACGAACAGGGGAGCCUGGAUUGGCUGGUUUACCUGGCCCAAUGGGGCCAGUUGGGCCACCUGGGCCUCCCGGGCCUCCCGGACCAAGCUACCGCGUUGGAUUUGACGACAUGGAAGGAUCUGGUGGAAUUUUCUCUAAUGGGCUUCCUGGUGUGAGAGGACCUGAAGGAAGACAGGGUCCACCUGGUCUACCUGGACUUCCUGGUAAACCAGGUUUGCCUGGCCUCACCGGUGAGAAGGGCAGCGACGGCCCAGAAGGAAGAGAUGGGCGACCAGGAUUGGAUGGCUUCCCUGGAGUUCAGGGAGCAAAGGGUGACAGAGGGGACAAAGGAGAGAGGGGUGAAGCUGGCCGAGAUGGAUCUGGACUACCAGGACCGCCAGGCCCACCUGGACCACCUGGACAAAUCAUCUAUCAGCCAUCUGACAAUUUUGAUGGUGUUGUUGGCAGUACUGGGCCUCAAGGAGGACCUGGCCUACCUGGCCAAGCUGGAUUCCCUGGUCCUAUGGGUCCAAAGGGUGACAGGGGAGACCCAGGCCCUUCCGGUUAUGGCAUCAAGGGUGAGAAAGGUGAGCCAGGUUUAGUAAUCGGCCCUGAUGGGAGUCCACUGUUUUUGGACGGGCUAACGGGUUUGAAAGGUGACAGAGGCUCUCCUGGACCCGUCGGACCACCUGGACAAUAUGGACAAGCUGGAUUCAAGGGUGAAAUUGGAAUGCCUGGAAGACCUGGUCGCCCUGGUGUAAAUGGAUACAAGGGUGAAAAAGGAGAGCCGGGGGGAGGCUCUGGCUCUGGCUACACGGGAGUUCCUGGCCCACCAGGACCACCUGGCCCUCCUGGACCUCCAGGGCCAGCCAGUCCCUUAGAUCGCUUCAGUCGCUAUGAUGAAACCUCCAGAAACUAUCCAGCAAUUAAAGGAGAAAAGGGAGAGCGUGGCGAACAUGGGCUUCCAGGCCUCCCCGGAUCAGCCUCUAAUUUUGACAUUUACACAUUCAAGAAUGACCUAAAAGGGGAGCAAGGAAACCCAGGCGUGAAAGGAGAAAAGGGUGAACCUGGUGGAUAUUAUGACCCCCGUUUUGCAGGAGUUCAAGGUCCACAAGGGCCUCCCGGCAAACCAGGCCUACCAGGUCCAAAAGGAGAGCCUGUUAGGGGUCCCCCUGGACCUCAGGGUCCCCCUGGGCCACCAGGAGUUGGUUACGACGGCCGUCCAGGUCCACCAGGUCCACCUGGACCACCAGGACCAGUAACAUCUUCCUCUCUGCCUGGUACCUUUUGGCCCAGUCACUCUGCCAAUGUACCAGGACCUCCUGGUCCUCCUGGCCCACCUGGAAAUCCUGGACUCUCAUCUGCAGUUACCGUUCUAAGGUCCUAUGACACAAUGAUUGCGACUGCCAGACGCCAGGCAGAGGGAAGCCUCAUCUACAUAAUCGACAAAGCCGACCUCUAUUUAAGAGUCCGUGAUGGACUGCGACAAGUCAUGCUUGGAGACUACAGGCCCUUCUUCAGAGAGCUGGAAAAUGAGGUUGCGGAGGUGAAGCCUCCACCUGUGAUCUUGUACCCCCAGUCCAAUGACCAGUCCCAGAACAACGGAGCUGGCCAUUACUCUCAGAGUGUCUCUGCUGUCCGACCCAUUGAGCCACCAUCACACCCACAUGUCGAUCACAGAUUCCCUGACCAGAGACACUCGGGUCAGAUAGACAGCAGACUGGCUACAGAGCAAGUUCAGAACAAGCAUCCUGUAACUCCUCAGCGAAGACCCAGCCAUCCUGUAGUGCAACCUGCCGUGUAUGUGGACAAGUCAGGAUCAGGGCUCCAUCUUAUUGCCCUGAACACCCCUCAAACUGGAAACAUGCGAGGAAUUCGAGGGGCAGACUUCUUGUGUUUCCAGCAGGCCCGUGCCGUGGGCCUCAAGGGGACCUUCAGAGCUUUCCUGUCCUCUAAGCUUCAAGACCUUUACACCAUCGUCCGCAGGUCGGACAGAGACACCUUCCCUAUUGUCAACCUCAAGGAUCAAGUGUUGUUUGACAGCUGGGAAUCCAUCUUUGGUGACAACGCAAGCAAAAUGAGGGAGAAUGUUCCAAUUUACUCCUUUGAUGGGAGAGAUGUUCUCAGGGACAGUGCGUGGCCAGACAAAAUGGUCUGGCAUGGGUCGAGCAACAAAGGCCACAGGCAAACAGACCACUAUUGUGAAACAUGGCGGGCAGGCGACCGCGCUGUAACCGGUCUGGCAUCGUCUCUACAGAGCGCCCACCUCCUGCAGCAACACUCCAGCAGCUGCUCCAGCUCCCACAUCGUUCUGUGCAUUGAAAACGCCUUCACAUUAUACUCCAAACAAUAAGGAUGCAUCCACGUUUUUAAAGUUUGUUUUUUUUGCCCAGUGAAUUAGUUUUGAAAUAUACAUCACAAAUGUCCAUUUUGCAGAUGAUAUGCCUUGGCGUCCAAUGAAUGAACUUGCCCAGUGGCUUUUUGGCCUGGCAGAGGGGCUUUGCAUUGCAUGCUUCUUCCCUCCAUGAACGCCAAAGAGAUGUGUUGGACAGAGGGGUUCUUUUGUCACGGGGGAGGGGCCUUUGGCACAUAAAAAAUACAGUCAAGGUGUUCACAAUUUGUAUCCGUUUAAAAAAAAAUGUAUAUUGCUUGUUUUGUCAUUUUUGUGUUUAUUUUUUUGCUAUCCAUUUUUACCUUUUUUAAAUUGCUAUAUCCAUGCUGUUAUUUGAUGUAUUGAUCAUUUCCGCAUUUGUUCCAAUUUUAUUUUACUUGUGGGUGACUAUAGGGUACAGCAAAGACUAUUUUAAAUUUUUUACAAAAAUAUUUAUUUUUAAAUGAAGAUAUGCAAGACAAACAAACAAAUUAAAUGAAAAUACAGUGUGCCCAAAUACCCUCAUUUAUUUUUGGAAUGGUGCCUUACUCUUAAGACCAAUACUGCUUUUCACUAAAUAAGCUCACAUAGUGGACCACUUCCUGUUUCUAUUAUAGCGAUAUGCCUUAUGCUGCUGCAAGUGCUAUGUUGGGCAUAAAUGAUACCCGGAGGACCAUUUUUGUUAUUUAAAAAAAAAAAUGGACCCACCAAAAUUAUGAUUUACUGAAUAGCAAGUGGCCUGGAAGUGAUUGAUGCUGAUUUGUGUUGACUUAUUGCUAAAAGGUUAAAAAUAUAUAUUGUUAUUACCCUUGCAUUGAUUUUCAGCAACUAACCCGUCUUUAGUGCAACUAAACUUGUGGUUUUCCAUCUUAAUUUCCAUUUUUGUACUGAUCCUAAAGGCACUGAAUAAAAGUUGUUUCAAGUUAUUUCAGUCAUUACUACGU